AUGCCAGAUCCAGUCAUGUCCGUCAGAGGUUUUCAAAGUGGCGCCGAAGGGUCUGACCAUCACCACGAUGAGGAGCACGAGCGCACCUUCUCCUCAUUCUCCGAGUAUAUCGACCACUCCAAGCAUGAUCCUGAAAAGGUGGUCGAAGUCAGCCCCAAUGGACGAUACGCCAAGCUGAACUCCGUACUAGGAAAAGGAGCCUACAAAAUCGUCUACAAGGGCAUCGACCGCGAGGAGGGCUAUGAGGUUGCCUGGAACUGCUUCCAGACCACUAAGCAGGAAUACGCCGAGCUGUCGCAGGAAAUCGAAAUUCUCAAACGAGUCCGCCACCCCAACAUCAUCAACUUCCAUGACUGUUGGUACAGCAACACCGAGUUCAUCUUCAUCACGGAGCUUAUGACCUCGGGCACUCUGAGAGAGUACAUCCGCAAACUGCAGACGCCCAACGUCAAGGUUGUGAAACGAUGGUGCCGACAGAUUCUCAAGGGACUCAUCUAUCUUCACUCGUACGACCCCCCAAUCAUCCACCGCGACAUCAAAUGCGACAAUAUCUUUAUCAAUGGAGCGCACGGCGAGGUCAAGAUCGGAGACAUGGGAACCGCCAAGAUGAAGAUCGGCAAAAAGUACACCGUCAUCGGCACUCCCGAGUUCAUGGCACCAGAGAUGUACGAGGAAAAAGGCUACAACGAGAAGGUCGACAUUUAUGCCUUCGGCAUGUGUCUGUUAGAGAUGGUGACGGGCGAAUACCCUUACAACGAAUGCAAGAAUGCAGCUCAGAUCUUCAAGAAGGUGACACAGGGACUCAAACCCGACUGUCUUGCCAAGGUGAUUGAUCCCGAAGUCCUCAGCCUCAUCAAUCACUGUAUCGCCCCAGAGAACGAAAGGUACUCUGCUCAGGAGGCGAUCGAGGAUCCUUUCCUCGGAGUGGAGCCUGAAGUUGUUGUAUUGUCAACGAAUGAGGCUAAGAACCACCUCACGCUCCAGGUUGUUUUCAAGGGUAUGGACAAGCUGUCCGUCAAGUUUGAGUUCAAUGCCGAUACAGACACUGCUGAAGAAGUCGUGAACGAGAUGAUUGAAGAACAGGUGUUGCCUCAACGAUACCAGAGGUUCAUCACUCACGACAUCAACCGGAUAUUACGUGAAUUGUCAGGAUCAAGCGACAAAAAGGACUCUGCAGGACUUCACGCUCCCUCGUCUCCCAUGGCGCCCAUGCACCCCUCACAGGGCACAGUCGCCCCGUUGACGCUGGAUACGUCUAACCCACAGACACUCAUCGGUGGGUCGACCACUCUCACUCGCAAGAACUCCAAUCCGGAUUACAAUGGCGAAAUGGAGCUGCCUCCAAAAGAUUACUCUGCGGAUACUCCUAUCGAGGAGCUGGUGCAUGACACGGCGAUGGCAUAUCACCGAGGACCGGAUAAGGCGAACGAAUGGCUCGCCAAGCUGAAGAACCAGGAUAUUAUGACGGUUGGUGACCUCAAGGACUUGCAGGACGGUGACUGGGCAGGUUUCGACCUGACCGUGUUUGCUUCGAGAGCUAUCAGGAACCGACUGUUUGGGAAAACCAUCAAGCGACCCAGCCCUAUGACGAGGUCGCCCAGCGGAACGGAUGAUGGCAUCUAA